UUAGAUUUUCAAGUUACAUGUGAUAAACGAUGGCUGUCCAUGUAGCCGCCAUAGACUUUGGUACGACAUAUUCUGGAUAUGCAUUUUCAGUUAGUGCACCAGAAACUGAGCUGAAGGAUGUAGAAAUCUUAUCUAAUCAGAUCUGGAAUUCUGGGACGACGGAAGUUGCAUCCUUAAAGACCCCCACGUGUCUGCUGCUCUCUAAAGAUAGAAAAGUAUCAGUUUUUGGGUAUGAAGCAGAGGAACAGUAUGCAGAUAUUGUAUUGGACGGAAAUGUCGAUGAUUACUACUUCUUUCAUAGGUUUAAGAUGAAUCUUCAUAAUAACAAGAAUAUUACUAUGACUAUGGUCCUGGAAGAUGUAAGAGGUCAACCACUACCUGCUAUAGACGUGUUUUCCUUGUCAAUUAAAGCCCUAAAAGACCACCUUAACAGUACCGUCGAAAUAAAGAAUAUAGUACUUGACGAUAGGAAAACAAAGUGGAUACUUACUGUUCCGGCCAUUUGGACGGACACAGCCAAACAGUUUAUGAGAAAAAGUGCUGAAAAGGCUGGAAUAUCACGAGAUAGGCUAACAAUUGCACUCGAACCAGAAGCAGCAUCGAUAUAUUGUCAAACGUUCCCGUCUGCCGGUUGCAGAGAAAUUGCGGAAAUUGGAUCAAGAUAUAUGGUUGCAGAUCUUGGUGGUGGUACAAUAGAUGUAACGGUUUAUGAAAAAAAUCCGAACGGCACUUUAAAGGAAGUGACAAAAGCCUCCGGUAAUGGCUGUGGUGGGACCUCGGUUGAUGAAGCAUUUAUCCAGCUUUUCGUUCGCAUAUUUGGUAGACCACUUUUAAACAGUCUGAAAUCAGAGAGUCCAGAAUCUUACUUGUAUCUGUUGAGAAGUAUAGAAAACAUUAAACGAACAUUUCAACCCACACAAUCAAGAAAAGUGAAUUAAACCAUUCCAUAUGCAACGCUUGGCGAUCUCUGUCAAUCAAAUUUUGGGGAAAAUAUUAAAAAUGUCGUCAGUUCAUCAUCCUUGGCAUGUAACAUUGAAAUAUGUAAAGACAAGAUGAGAAUUGAGCCAGUAUUCGCUAAAUCGCUUUUCAAGACAACAUGUGAUAAUGUUGUAACUUUAAUACAGUCUGUUCUACAACAGUGGAAGUUGGCAAUGUUUCUAGCAUUCUGCUUGUUGGUGGUUUUGCGGAAUGUAAGAUGGUACAGAAUACUUUAAAGACCGCAUUUCCAAGCAUAAACAUUAUUUUGCAAGAAGAUUCAGGUGUUAUCGUUCUGAAAGGUGCAGUUUUAUUUGGUUAUAAAUCCGACAUCAUAUCAUCGCGAAUAGCACGAUAUACUUAUGGCGUCAGUUGUUCUGUGCCUUUUGAUGAACGUUUUCAUGAUCAGAAAAGAAAGAUAUUUCGGAACGGAAAGACAAAGUGCAAAAACAUAUUUGAUCCAUUCAUUUGGAUCAACACAUCUAUGCCGUUAGAACAUACAAUUAAAAAAAUCUAUUCAACGAACGAAAAGACCGGCGGCAUAUGUGGAGUGUAUAUCACGGAUAGGGACAAUGGUAUGUAUACUGACACGGGAGAAUGUACAUCAUUUGGGGAGUUCAAAUUUGUCAUUUAUAAUCCAGACUGCCAAGAAAAAAUUCUGGAAGUUUUAUUUAACUUUGGAGACACAGAAUUUUCAAUGACUAUGGUAGAUCUUGAAUCAAAAACUGAAAAGAAGGAAUUCUUUGUAAUUCAACGUUAGGCUGAUCUUUUAUAAUUGUGUGCAGAACGCCUUUAAAAACAAUUUAUGCUCUUUAAUAAUUUGAUUUUUUAACCAUAUUUCAUAAGGGAAGAAUGAUAAUAUUGAUAUUUAUAGUCAAAUAAUUUAACAAUCUUGACGAUGAACGAAUCAAAUCAGGACGGUGCAACAUGCGGAGUAGGAUCUGGUUAGUGGGAUAAACGAAAUUGGCAGUAUUUAUGAGAGGCCAGUAAACAUCAGAAGAUCAUCAGAAUAAUAAAGAACAGUUUGUAAUUUUUAACGGUUAUAAUACUUUAUUCUAUUGCUCCCUAUUAUUCUAAAUUCUAAUUUUUUGGCUCAUUUUUCUCUAUUCAUGAUAUUAUAAUCUGUAUUCUGUAAACCCCAUCAAGACCCUUGAACAUGGUGUCCAAUACUUAUAUUCUUCUUUUAUAUAUAAAUUUCAUACUUAUAUGCUUUCAUUGACCUGUAACUAAUUUUUUUGGGUAAUGUGUCUCAGUGUCUCAUUAUUAUUUCUUCUGAACCUGUUUUUUUUUCAUAGCCAAUAAAAAUCAAAGGGGUUUAACUAUCACUCUGGUUUAAAGACGUGUCUUCCCUUAAAGAUGGUUCUUUGCAAUUGUUCUCUUCAUAGUAAGAAACUAUUUUUUUUUUAAUUUCUCAAGAUGGUUAUCUGCAUUUGUUCUCUCCAUAGUAAGGAACUUAGAUUAUUAAACGAAACAGUUUAUAUUGAUCAAUUUAUUAUGAGAAUAAUCAGAAGUCAACCGUACGUAACAGCUAUUGGUUAAAUAUUCCAGAAGCUCUUUUUAUAUUUCGCUGUAAAACUGAACCGUGAUUGGUUACAUUAAAACGAUUGCUCUUUGAUUACGUUAAGGUUCUAGUCAACAGAUCCCUGUAGGCAUAGAAAAAGUAAACAAAAGAACUAAAAACUCUAUUUCAAUUCCGCAAUUCACAACUAGUGAGCAGGAUAUGUAGGAAGUCAUAUUCAUUUCGUGUCUUUCUAUUCAUAUCAGAUGACUUCUAAAAUCAUAUAUUCUACUAAAUUUACCACUCCAAUUUUACAUGUACAAUCCUUAUAAAUAUUAAUGGCAUCGUAGCUGCACAACAAUGAGGGCCGUGAUGGGGUUCACAGAAUAGAGCACCUCCCCCCCCCC